CGGUGGGCGCCAUAGAGUGUUUUUUCGUCUAUUGGUAGCAUCAAAGCUAUUAAGUUAACUAUGAUCAAAGCCCGGUAACGUUAAAGAUACUGACAUAUGACUGAUUUAGUGUUUGUAUACGCAGUAGUCUUUCCAGCGGCAGAACGGGGCAGCCAUGGCGAAGAAUAAUGUUCUAAGCAAAGAAAGGACCAGCAUCCAAGGGGAUAUUAUCGAUGUUAUGAUAUAUUUACCCGACAACACUGGUCAUCAAGUUCACAUUCAAGACGGUAAAACAACAACAACGACCAAAUUUUUUGAAACCAUGGUCGCCACACUUGAUCUUCCUGCCGAACCUGCCCAGAAAUGUUUUGCUCUCUGGUUGAAAUCACCAUUGCUGGAUGUUCAAUUGAGGCCGCAUCAUGUACCAUUUCGUAUGGUACGACAGUGGGGCCUUCUCAUUGACAAAUUUUCUGCAGCUGAUGAUGUUGUUAAAAUGAAAGAUGAGCCUGCUCUGGUGUUCAAACGAAAUGCAUUUCUUACUAAAGAAGAAGAAGCCAAGAUACACGAUAAGAAAAUCUUGGAUAUUUUGUUGAUGGAAGCAAAAUCAAAUAUACAAAAUGGUAUUUAUCCGUGUGAUCGGGAAGAUGUUGAACAAUUGGGGAUUCUACUUUGUGUAAUGAAUAAACAUCAGUGUCGAGGCAAAGAUGUCAAGACUGAACAAAAAAGCUUCAGAAAUACGAUACAGGGUGUCAUACCAGAACAUAUGGUUCGUCACAGGAAAACAAUAUUUCGUCGUCAAAAAUCUUUUGAAGAUCAUGUUUACCAUAGUUUUCGUCAUAUUUCAAAUAAAGAAGAAGUGGAAAAUGCACAAUUAGAGUUUAUGAAAAUUUGUUGGCAGUUACCAUAUUAUGGGAGCGUUAUGUUUGAGGGUGAAGUUGAGAAUAAGAACAAUAAAACAUUGGCAUCAUGGUUUUUGAGUAGCUCAACAAUGCAAGUUCGUGUCGCAAUCAAUACUACUGGAAUCUGGAUAAUCAAUUCAGAGAAAAAGCAUGUUUUGCUUGGUUUGACGUACGGAGAAUUCAACUGGGAAGUUGCCACCAAACAACCAGAUGAAGAUGAUGAAAAUGCUGGUGAUGACAGAGAAUCUAUUCCAAGUCUGUUUAUAGAAUUUGAUGAAGAUAAAACAACAAAACUUCUACAAAUUAUAUCGAAACAGGCAAGCAUGAUGAACUCAAUGAUAGAAACAUGUACUGCUGCGGCAUUGCAGGCCCAACAUCUUAGAAAGUCUCCACUUAAAAGUCCAGAUGAAGUUAAGUCUGAAGAUUCACCACACAAGGAAAUGUCUUUCUUAAGCAGUAGUCGCGUUCGACCUCUGUUUGAUAGACAAAGUUCUGUUACUCAUGGAAGACCAGGAAAACUUUCUUGUCUAACUGUCCAGGAACAAGCUGAUCAUCGUGAGGAUUCCAAAACCAAGUCAUCAGUAACAGAUGAAUCUGAACUUCAGAAUCAUUUAUCAAGAAUACAACACGCAAGAAAUUUCUUUCGUCGUUCUACUAAAAGUAAUAAAACACUUACUUCAGAAGAAGAACGAGAUGAACUUUUGUAACUUAUAGUAUUAUUUGUUUUAAAAUUUUAUACUUUUUUCUAGUACUAUAUUAAUCAUAGAGCACUUAUUAUGUACAGAGACCAAUGCUUUUUUUUUUUUUUAAAAGUUCAAAGUAAAUCAUGAAAAAAUGUUCAAUGUUGAAAAAGUUGUAGUAGGGAAAAUGUUGUUAUAAAUCAGUUUGUUGGGCUUUGGAACUUAAGUGUCGUUUGCAGUUCUUUUUUUGCUCAUAAACAACAAAACUUAUUACACAAAAAAGAAAUGUCUAACACUUUUUUGUAGAAACAUUCUAAUUUUUCAUGCAAAGUUUGUUUUUCUAUUUUUGUACCAUUGAUGUUAGGUUUAUCAGGGCUAUUCCAAGGUAAAAUACACCGAACACUUUUAGCAUUGAAAAAUGAACAGGAGGCAAAAUUAAUGUCAUGUGCGAUUUUCGAUGGAUUUUCUUUCACCCCUCUUCUUGAUUUUCUUGAUGGAUUAUUUGAAUUUAAAAGUAUUUUCAAUUUAUAUCGAAGGAUUCUCAGAUGCAUUGUCACAUGCUAAUACAAAAUGUUUUGAAUUGUACCAUCAUAACUUCAUGCACAUCCAACAAAUUUAUAUGUUUAUUGUAUCUUGUACUGAUUUUUUGUAUUCUAUUUUUUUGAACCAGUCAAUUGCUCGACUGUUGAGCCUAGGCAUUUUGUUGACACCACAACUUUGAUCAUAUGCAACUUUGUACCAGGUUAGUAUAAUAUUGAAUAUAAUCUUCUUUUGCUUAUUGAGUUGCCGUUUUGAUGAUAUAAAAUUUUACCAGUCGCGCUUCAAAUCUCUGAUAGUCUUCUAAAUUGUGGUUUAAGUGAAAAGGACCCUUUAUAUGUAAAUUAAGUUGUUGCGAUAGUAUGCCAAAUUUAAUAAGUGUAUUACGAAAAUUAAAUGAUAGUUCAAAUCAAAGAAAUUUCAAAAUUGGGCAUGAAGCCUGAUAAAUUCUGUCUGAUGAUGAAAAUAGUGUUUCUACUUAAAGUUUUGGGCAUUUGUAUUAGGGCACUUUGCUCUUGCUUCAACCAUAAAAAAUGUAGUUCGGUUAUAUCUCCGGCCAGUCAAGCACACUACAUAAAUUUAAGAUCAAAUUUAUGUCAUUUCAUUUUCACUAAAUGGUAAUCUGUGUGCUAUCUUAAUAUGUAAGUGGUUGAGUGAGUGACACCCACAUAAAUUAAUCAUUUGAGGUCACAACAUCUUCUUGUGUCAAGCAGGUAGUUUUUGCGCUUUACAUUGCUUUGCAAUUCUAUAUGCCGUGUUCCAUUGACUACUUUUGUGUCAUACUUUAGUUUGUUACCUUCAUCUAACAUAAGAUAAAAAUAAUUCGGACAGGCAAUGAGAAACGUUUUACACACUAGGUACCAGUCUAAUCGGUGACAAACAUUCGUUCCAUUUCACGAUCACUUCCUGCCUUCAUUCCAUCGUAUUUAUCGUGUACUGUUUUAUUUCUGUUUUGGUCGUUAGCUAUCACGUUGUUAUUAUUGUACUGUUGCCUGCUCGUACUCCAUAUUUCGGUUGGUUGCAAUUUUGUUUUUUACAUCACAUGGUGCUCUUAUGAAUGCAAAUAGCCAUUCAUAUAUAUAUUGCGUAUUAGUUUUGAAAAUCACAGAUAUUAUAAUAAUCGUGCUUA